AUGGUGAACAUGGUAAGAAGAGUAAUGCCACGUGAUACUUUCUAUUUUGCUAUCCUGCGGGACCCUCCUUCAUUGCUGGAAUCCUCCAAUGCUUAUUACAAAACAUAUUCACCAGCAUUUCAGAAAACCAAGACACUGAGUGAGUUUCUGGCAUCUCCUUGGACGUACUACAAUAUAAGCAAAAAGUCUUGGAACUUUUAUGCCAGGAACUUCAUGUGGUUUGACUUGGGCUAUGACAACAAUGCAGAAUAUGAUGACUUCUACAUCCAGUCUGUAAUACAGGAUAUUGAGCAGAAUUUCCAGCUGAUGCUGAUUGCUGAAUACUUUGAUGAGUCCAUGAUCCUUCUGAAGAAUAUGUUAUGCUGGGACCUGGAUGAUGUGGUUUAUUUCAAACUGAACACCUGGAGCCUAGACAGUGUUCAGACUCUGAAUCCAGAAUACAAGGAAAAGGUGAGAGAUUGGUGUGCUCUGGACUGGAAACUUUAUACACAUUUCAAUAACACCUUCUGGAUUAAGAUCCAAGAGAGGAUGAACCUAAAGACUUUGUACAAGGAGGUUGAACUUCUGCAAAAGAGACAGAAGGAACUGAUGGAGAUGUGCCUCUUGGAGGAAACAUCAGUUGAUGGAAGCAAAAUCAUAGACAAUAAACUGAAGCCCUUACAGCUGGGGCUUGCGAAAAUCUUGGGCUAUCACCUCAAGCAGGAUUUAGACAAUAAGACCCAGAUGAUCUGCCAAAAGAUGAUCAUGCCUGAGCUCCAGUAUACAGCAUAUCUGUACAGUCACCAGUUCCCAAACAAGACGAGAAAACCCAUGGACUUCCCCACUCUAUGAAACAAGAUUUGCUUAUGAUAAGGAUAUACAAUUGUGCUGCCAAUAUAGGGGAAUGUAGUCUCAUUGGAGGGCAAAUGGGGCACUGCCCCACCAACCUCAGGAUGCCCUCACUUGUCUACAUUCCUAUUUGCAACCAGUCCAGGGGGUGGAACUGGCUAUUGUCUUAAUUCCUCCUUGCAGUACUCCACAGGGAGGAGCCAGAACUGGUUGGUUCUGCUAGCCAUUGCCCCAGCUCCACCUACUGUUGGUCUCCCCUGCCCCUGCCCCACUCCCAUCACAGUGGUCCAAGCCACCACUGUAUAGUCUCAAGUCUCAGUGGUAAAGACCCUGACUCAUCACAUGUGGGUGGUGGAGAUUUUAUUCCAGUGAGUGUUUGCCUAAUUCGGCAUCUUUGGUCUAAUCCUCUUUUAAAGCCAUCUAAAUUGGUUGUCAUCACUUUGCAGUGCUCUGGUCCCCAGUAGUUUGCAGCCACUCUUCUUUUUAGUUAAAGGUAAAGGGACCCCUGACCAUUAGGCCCAGUCGUGGCCGACUCUGGGGUUGCGGCGCUCAUCUCACUUUAUUGGCCGAGGGAGCCGGCGUACAGCUUCCGGGUCAUGUGGCCAGCAUGACUAAGCUGCUUCUGGUGAACCAGAGCAGCGCACAGAAACACUGUUUACCUUCCUGCUGGAGCGGUACCUAUUUAUCUACUUGCACUUUCAUGUGCUUUCAAAUUGCUAGGCUGGCAGGAGCAGGGACUGAGCAACGGGAGCUCACCCUGUCGUGGGGAUUCGAACCGCGACCUUCUGAUCGGCAAGUCCUAGUGUCUGUGGUUUAACCCACAGCGCCACCCAUGUCCCUUCUACUCUUCUUUUUAGUACAUAUCAAUAGAUGAACCAGGUCAUUUUACUCAGUUAGUCAAUGCGAUGCUGUGAUCUUCUAAAUAUGGGGUGGGAACACACAUUACAACUCACUGAAUGACUAUUUUUAUAGAAGGUUCAAGUUCCCACAGCCUUGUUCAUGGUUUCAUCAUCCUUCAGUCAGUUUUGCUCUUAUGCUGUAGAGUUAC